AUGAAUACUCCCCCAACUUCAGAAAGUGGGCCAUAUUCCACAAACUACACAAGACCCUUUUUUUAUGCACAGUCAACAGCACAACAGCCUUUUCCAAAUCCGUGGUACCUCAGUCAUGCAUACAGUCCGUACUAUGUACCUGCUCCAGGCUUUCGAAGUGGAAAUCCCUAUUUUCCAUUUUAUUCUGUUGCACUCCAUGAGUACCCUGGCUUUUUCGUUCAACAGCAUCCAGUGCAUGCAAGAAUUAACAGAAGGCCUUAUUUUAAUGCUCCCCCACCUUCCCCUAUGUUUUAUCACGCAACAAGAUUUAGGCACUAUGCUGCCCCUGGGAAAAAAAUGGAGACAAAAGAAACACAGACGGAUCCUAGACAGCCUGAAAAUAAGCCAAAAAAGCAUCGAGAUACCCGUAUGGAAACGAAAGGUUGUGAUGCAGGAAAUAUGACCUGUGUUUCUUCUGGUAUAGGUACAGAGACUGAAAGUACUUCAGAGAAACAAGAUUCAUCUGGAUCCUCUGUUGUGGUAGAUAGAGAGUUUAAUACCAAGAGCCCUUCCAGCUCUACACAGUAUAGAAGUCUUCCUACUGGAAGCUAUGCCUUUGAGAAGGAAGAGGUGAGGAUAGAAUAUGGAAAUGGCUCUCCAGCUAUUCAACUGUGGAAGUCCUUUAAAGAAACGAUCCCCUUGUAUGAUGUGGCAAGUGGUAAACCAGUCCCAGAAAACAUAGUGCAGCGUGACAUAUUUGCUGUUAGCUCUUGUGAAGGAAUGAUAUAUGAAGGGGAGAAAGUGGUGCCGGGAGCUUACUUAGAUGAGAGAAAAGCUGUUCUCCCUUCAAAACAGGGUGUUGAAACAGUGCAAGAAAAAGAGGGCCAAAAUACUGAAGCAAAGCUGGAUGCGGAAAAGCAGGAGAAUACAAGUCAGUGGGCAAAAUCCCCCCUAGGUGAAACCAUGGCAGUGAAAAUCACAGAACUGGCAAGAUCUGUUAGUGUAGACCAACCAGCGGUAAGGCAGGAUGUGGCAGUACCAAAGAAAUCUAGCUCUAAAAAAUCUACAGGCUCAAAAACUUCUAAAGAAGAGCCCAGCUUUAGUCAACAAGCAGGACUACUUCCAUCUAGUAUGGAGGUAAUAAGCGAUUUGAGUUUUCAGCAGAAGAAGCUGAAUCUAAGCCACAGUGCAACCAAUGAAAGUCAAACAGAUAAAAGUAUUUGGUGUGACGAAUCAGUUGAGAAGUACGUUCCCUCUAACAGUUGGCUGGCUUGUUUGGACAACGUGGACACGAACUACAACUAUGAUGUUUGCUUGCCACAAAGGAAACGUCAAAGUGUACUCAGUCUUUCCUCUGAUAUGUCCUCUAGAGAGGAAGGAUCGUCGAUUGAUACUCCCCCUGUGUCUUAUUUUGUCCCUGACUAUGUGCUUCAGAAGAGCACGUUUACUUUCCAGGACAGUACAGAGGGCUUGGAGAGAGAGAAGAUUAAAAGUGGUGGGUCCCUUAAUGAAGAUGAAGCGGAAGGAAGGGAGCAGAUGAACAGCUUGAAUGACCAAGGUGUUAAAAAUCCUUCAACCAUGAAGAUUAAAGAGGCUUCCAGUAAAGGUAGGAAGCUGGGAGCCCUUCCUAGAUCUUCUAGUUGGAAAAAAAUCAAUUCUCUCAAGAAAAAAUCAACUAAGUGUUUGUCAGAACUUGAGGACUCUGAAGAAUACUCUGUGAGGGAAGAAGAGGAUGAAGAGGAGGAGGAGGAGGAGGAUAUGGAUGAAACUGAAUAUUUCUUUCAAGAAGCCACUCCAUAUGGAAUCUUGAUGCCUAGUAAAGGAAGUUUCUACCAAGUUGGCCCGAAGGUGCUUUGGAAACCCCCUAAAAAUGCUAUACCGGCUCAAUUAAUUAGCUGGCCUGCUCAUGAGAAAAUAAAAACUAGGAGUGGGCUUGGUGAAGGCCUUGGUGUAGUUUACAAGGCAAAGGAGGAAGAACAGGAUGAGGUUGUAUACAGCGACUAUGGGUAUUAUGGAAGAAAGAGGCCAAUGGCAAGAAGAGGACUUGGACACCAGCGAAUGCUACGGAAAUUCCUGGGAGGGUGCCCACCCGUGGUUAAACCAAAGAAGAAAAGAUUAGGCAAGCCACCUUCAAAACGCAGAGACACAAGAUGCGAGGGGGAGGAAGCGUGGGAGAUGCCUAAAAGCAGUGUACGCAAAGGUACGUGUACCGGCUAG